GAUCUCUCAACACUGUUGUCGGAGGUCGGGAGUGUCAAGUACAUGUACUGCUAUCAAUUUCUUUCCUUUGGACAUACCUUACCAUGACAAUCUCCCGCCGCUCUCCCGCUACGCUUUUGACCUUGGCUAUCCUCGCCUUGCUUUCCAGGAGCAGCAAUGCCUUUGUUCCACAGCUCCAGCAUGCUUCUGUGGCUUCACCAUCAAGCACAAGCCGAGUUGUCUUGUCCAUGGGAUUGGUGGACGAUCUUGGUGGUUUCAUGAAGCGUUUCACCACCAAAGCCACCGCGUCACACAUUCUCAUCAAGGGAGGGGCCGAAGCUGAAAACAAGCUCGAAGACUUGAAGGAAGAAAUUGGAGAUUCACCCGUCAAAUUCGCAGAAUACGCGGCAAAGUUCUCGGCAUGUCCUAGUGCUAGUAGUGGUGGCAGUCUCGGAGAGUUUGGGCCGGGGGCCAUGGUCAAAGAAUUCGAUACGGUAGUGUUCAAUGACGAGGUGGGAAAAGUACAUGGACCAGUCAAGACGCAGUUUGGAUAUCAUCUCAUUUACAUUAGUGAUCGGACUGAAUAGAUACUUUAGCAACAGAUGAAGCCGAGAAAGUGCUUUGUAGGAGGGGACACAACAGUUCCUUAUAUUCAAUGAAGAUUCGAUUCAUUGGUGGGCUACCGAAACAGCAAAAAUAGCAGUUCAGUACGGUACAGACACGCGCGUGCUGUUUGUAGAAGCUGGCUCCCUGACUGCUAGAUAGGGGGCGCCGGUGUCACGGAAGAAGGCUCCACCAUUAAUUUCAGAUGAUGAUUCAGCAUCAUUGGCAAGGUACUGAGGUGCUCUCACUGUCUGGAACAGCAUACCUUUCUCCUGGUGGAUCGUCCACUCUUGGCCAAACUAAUGGAGAGUCAAAGAAUGUCACUCUAUCCCUUCCGAUCUCGGCCCAAUGGGGGAGCUGCCCAUGCCACCAAAACUGCUGCCAAAGUGGGCAUAGUAGCAUUCUCAAUCUGGACACUGACCAUGUCCUUGAAGGUGGAAACAGCAAUGUGUUCUUCCUCCAAAAAUAUGCCACUUCUUAUUUUGCUGCUUGCAUGUCACUGGGUACAAACCAAUGACGAACAUUAGCAAGGCCAAUGUAGACAUCAUCCACUUCAAAGUUGGGGGCACUCACUGGCACCAAAGUAUGAUCACAUUCAUAUGGAAGCAGCAGAUUUACACAUGCAUGGAAGAGUAGCAAUAGUCCUACUGUAUUUGGGUGCGUGGUUCAAAAACGGGAUCAAUCGCUAUGGUGACUUACUCCGUGAUGCUGACCCAAGUCUACAAACAGUCAAACUCGACUCAGCAGGCCUACACAGUGUAGCUCUGAGCAUCAUCAUUGUUGUUGCACUUCACAUACCGAUACCCUGAAAUGAGGAGCACCGCCAGUUCCUAAAUUGGCAUGAUCCGUGUCCGAGCUACAAAACGAAUUUGGAUUGACGAUGACGAAGGUGCCAUUACACACAGGCACUGCGUGUGCAGCUGGAUCUCAAAAUACGGCAGACUGGGCUUGCUACUAGAGCGUAGAUUAUUAUAAAUGA